UGACAAAAUGGCGGCAUUCUGGGUGAGCUCGUGAAGCGCCAUCAACUUGAUGUUUAUUACCUGUGGAAUCAAUGGUUGUUCUUCUAGAUGUAUUUCCAAGAUCAUGGGUCCUUAUGACGUGUGGUUUGGUAAGGGGAUAAUUAGGGUGUAAUACUUUUUUUAAAGAUAAACAAAGAAUGCACAUCCAAGUGAAUUUGAAUCUGUAUUUCAGCUUACUCAAUGAUUUACUGAUCUUUCGUGAGAGAAUUGAAUCAUACCAAACUGUAAGAUUUAUUCCAUUCAAAUAAUAUUUUGCUGAUUGUAUUUUUACAGUGCUGGUGUGUUAUAACGGAGGCAAAUGACCAUUGUUCGCGUCCUCUUUCCAGGAUUGUGAGAAACCAGCUGACCCAAGUAUGUCUGAUUUCUUGAAAUGAAUGUUUACUACUUUAAACUCUCUACACUAUUCAUCAAAUCAACAGCUUCUUUUAAGGCCCAGUUACUCCUUUGCUGGGCGUGGCGUUGGGGAACAGAGGGUUGCGGUGUGGGCAAAGAGACAGCUGGCAUUUCAAACUACUACUUAAAACACCAAAUCAACAUUUGAUGACUUUUAUGAGAUCCUUUUUUGUGAGCCAGUGGGGGAGGGGAGGGGGUGCAUGUCCCUGUGACUGUAUGAAAAUUGAGAGUGUUUAAUUCUAGCUUACAUGUACGAUGGAGGAGGCCAUGACCGUGCUACUGACAUUCCAACUUUUUCUAUCCCUUCCCCCAUUUUAGCCCACCAAAACCCCUUACAUAUGUACCUCUUCCAUCAGGGGUAUUCAGUGCCUCAAAAAAUUGUAUUUCAGCUUGUCGUUUGGGCAAACAGCUCUCACAUUUCACUCAUCUGAGGCCACUUUUUACUGGUUUUAAUUAAUGCUUUAGUCAGAGGAUGACUUGCUUAGACCCUCACCCACUGGGCAAGUAAGCUUAUAAAUAAAUUGACUUGCCCAGCAAGAAAAUCUACCUGUCCUGGACUACCUGACAGGUCUUCCUUUGAACCCUGCUUAUGAAACACAACUAAACCCAGUCCCAAAAUGAUUUUUGCUGUUGUCUAAUGCUGAUCAUAUAAAAACAGUCGCUUUCAUAAAUACAUUACAAUUUCUUUCUUAGCAUUUUUACAGUGUAUUUGAGUCCAAGAGUGAGGAGCCUCUCAGAAAAUGCCCAUUACACCAGGACAGAGAUUUAUACAGAAUUCAGGAAGGAAAUAAAACCCAGGAUUAUCCUUCAAGAUGGGUCUGCAACUUUUGUGGAAAGGCAUUCCUUUCGGAACAUUACCUUGACAUGCAUUUUGAUAACAGGCACAGUGAUGAACUUGUAAAGGUGAGGAAAGAAAUAUUAAGGGCGGAUUAUUAAAAUAGAGUUUAGCCAGUGCUUACCAAAACUGCAUUAUACGCCAUUUUCAGUUUGCCAAAUGCUUUUAUUGUCAGUAGUUUCACAAAAGCAUAAAGUGUAGACAAGAAAUUUUAAAAAGAUGAAUAAUAUCAUUAUUCAUGUUUUCUAAAAUAACCAGUUAAGAAAGAGAUCUGGAGUCCCAAAGAUUCGUUGAACGACGGCCUACAGACUUUGUUUAAAUAAACGACCCCCAAAUAUAGUGACUAACGUCAAGAUUAUUUUCUCCUAACAAUUUCCAUAAAUCGCCAGAAAAUGUUGUGAAAACUAACAAAAUGACCCCCGAAGCGAAAAUGCUUUGAUCUUUUAUCAAAUUCUCCCGGCUAGUCCUUUAAGGAAAUCUAUGAAUAUUAGUGUGGAGAAUUUGUGUGUGGGUAUUGGGGCUUUAAAGGCAGUUAAAAGAGUAGCAUAGAAAAGUGUUACUGUCCUCAGUGAUCAUGAAAUGUUUGGUGAAGACAACUAACAUUGAAUUAUGCUACAUCAUAUACUUAGAUAGAUUGAUACUGUUGCUGUUUUGUCUGAGCAGUGCUGAGCUGUUUUAUUUUAGUUUCACCUUUCAAAGGACCACUUCAACCUUGACCUAAUUUUGAUACGUAAAAUUAUUUUCCUUUCUUAGGGCACUACUGUGUGUCUUGCUGAUUUCUGUGACAUCUUCAGAUGUGAAGUGUUUGAAAACCCAAGGAAAGACUUCUUUUGGGAGAAAAAACUCUGCAAGGAAGACAGAUUAACAGUACGCAGGAGGAGAUGUGAGGUAACUGAUUAGGGUUUAACUCUGUGGGAACAACAAGCUGUUUUGAGCAAAAUAUCCCCGAUAGAUUUACAUGUAUGUUAUUCGUUAAGAUGCAAAAAAACUUAAAACUGUGUAAAAGAUUUGAUCAUGGCACUCUGACUGUAUUAAUGAGGAAAAUUCAGGUACCAAUGUUUUUACCUCAUAUGAUCCACAGGCUCUAAUGCGUGGCUGCCUUCCUCAAGGAAAUCUUUCACUUGAUAAAGAACUUGAAAUUUAUGGUGAGUAAAAAUAUUGGGAUACGAAUUCAAUUUAUUGAUCCUUGCCGUUGCAUCACUGAAUUAAAACUUGGGACAGUGGUUCACUUCGCUUGUAGUUUUUAGUUUUCUCGUUUCAUUGUAGCCUGACCAAAAAGAAUCACAAUUUUAGAAUGCAGGGCUUGAAAUUAAAAAAAUCCUCAGGUCACCUUUUGGCGAUCAACUGGAAAAAUAUAGUCCCCAUAGGCAAAUUUUUAGUCGCUAGUUUGUAUAAUGUAAAUGACGCAGCUCAUAGUGUGAUGAAAUCCAUCAGAUUUUGAUUGUUUGAAAAUGUCACAGAGAGAGGUUGGUAUAAAUUUGGAGGUGAAUUGGCUUUGUUUAUGCGAUUUGGCACAUAUUUUAUGACAAAAGCAAAGCAAUAUAGGAUGAAAUGUUAGUUUGAACUUUACUCUUUUAAUUUAAACCUAAAUCUGAUCGCCAAAGUGUCGACUAACCCAGAAUUUUCAGUCACCAAGGAGAAAAUGUGAGUCCUAUUGGUGACCGUAUCAGUCGCAAUUUCAAGCCCUGGAAUAGCUAAAUUUGUAGGCUAUAUUCAUAUUGCGUCUGAUUGGUUGGUACCCAUGUGCAUGGCUGAGAGGGAUAAAAUGUUGGUGUUCCUGAUCUGGCACAAUUGUCAUUAGACUAUUCCGGAAAUGAGACUGCGCUCCUCCCUGUCUCUUGUUGGGGUGAACCUGGGUGAAUCGACCCUAUCCUAUUGUCGUAGGAUAGUUAUAAACAGAUUUCAUUUUUUAGGUGAGAAUUGUUUGUAACUGUAUUACUAGCCUGAGAAAACAGCUGACAUUUUGCGACGUUACUGGUGGUUUCCUCGUGAAAUGAUGUCUGAGAAACGAGUGCAGAAAUUCCAGAAACACUUCAUCAGUAUUUCAAUAUGCGCUCGUUUCUCAGACAUCAUUUCAGACGUCAUUUUGUCGGGGAAACAGUGGUGAUGUCGCAAAAUGUCGGUUGUUUUCUCAGGCAACUGUAGUACUUGUGAAAUGAAUUUUCUAUCAUUUUGUGUAAUUCUAGAGGCAAUUGGGGCUAACACAUGUGCUCUGCUUAAUUGUAAAAACUACUGGAAACCCCCUCAUCAAGAGGUGAGUAAGCUAACCACUGAGCUUGUGUAAUAAGCGAGCAUGGGAUCGGAAUGCUUAUUGAUUGUCCCCCAUUCCCUUCUCUCGUGCUUGCCUGCAUCUCCUCUAAGCCUUUGUUUUCAUUGGUCCUUGUAGCCUCUAUUGUUGGUAGUUUGAUAGGGUCAGUGACUUAUAAAUUAUUGCUUCAGUGGUGACAUCAAGGACAGCCAGUCAGUCCUUUUUGCCAAACGUUGCGUCAACGCUUUUUUUUUUGUCUGUCAAACAUUGUCAUUAAAAAAUCGUUGUUGGAAGAAUCGGGUUUGGGUGGGAAAUGGAAUGGAAAAAGGCUGAUUUACGCAGUAAUAUUCACAUCGUAGUUACAAAGUGCAACGAAAUUGUCAUUUAAAUUUUGUCUCCUUGAACGGUUUUUUUUUUUUCUAAGGAAAAUUCAACGCUGAAUUUUGCAUUCCAGAUUGCUGCGUGGAAGAUAAUUCUUUAUGCAGUGAUAACACCGUUUUUCGUCAUGGGACUUAUUGUUUACUACUACGCCAUCUUCGAUCAUUACUUGUAAGUAACGUUAUUUCGUGUCCUCGACACGUUUUUCCCCUGUUAGCUCUACAGUGAUUGAACACAUGAGAAACUGAGAAAAAGGAGCAAUCAUAAAUCUUCGAAUGUUCAAUCACUGAUGUUAGAUUGCUCUAGUCAGUGUCUAGUUUGUUUAGAUCUGUUUACAGACUUUCUAUUUUCUAAUGAGACAUCACCGAGUGGUAGACUCCCACGCAGACGCUCUUAGGGCUCCGUCACGCCGCGUUCCUUCUCUACGACGGAAAGAGGAUUGUGAGAGGUGCCAAAAGAACGUCUGCGUAAGCGUGGGAGCAUUGCGAGUGGGGGUACUAAAAUAAAAAUCCGCGGGCGAUUUAUUGACCGCAAGCGCCAGGGCGUGGAGUUGGGUAAUUGAGAAAAACACGCUCAUUGUCGCGCUUCUUUCGCCGCUCGCUUGCGCAGUCAUUUAAUUCCUCGCGAAAAAAAAUGUUUUGAAGAACGAAUGAGAUUGUUAAUAUCCAGGCUAUUUUCAGGAGAUUUAACAGCCCGACGUUUCCAGCGAAAGCUCUUUUCACAGCAAAUCUAAACGUCUUCUUUUUAUCAUUGUCUUAACAGAGGAUUUGCUCUGACGAGGGUCUAACGCUCAAAUCGUCAGCUGUUUAAUAACCCUCCAUUCGGUGACCAACUCAAGCCUAUGAAUUCUUGUGACAAAUUUACUUUUUUAUCCAUAUGCAUUGUAGUCCUUGACGGUAUCGGUGGAAAAAAAUUCUUUCACAGAAGUAUACCCAAGCAAGGUAACUUCUACAGUUUUUCUGAGUGCACUUUUUUCUUGUGUUAUCUUAGUGGUGAUUAUCCUACCGACAUAAGCUGGUCGCGCGAGGAAGAAGAGGAAAGCUUUUCAUUGUCGAGACGUUCCAGACGAAGCCCAGAUCUGAGGAAAAGAUAUGGGGGACGUCCACUAAUGUAUUAGCAGGAUUUAAACAGAAUUCCCUUCGUGGGAUCGGACCAAUGUUUUGGUGUGCAUUUUGAAGACGAUUUUAAGUACCGUCCAAUGUUCCCCAAGGGUGAAGUAGGAUUAGGAUUGGUGCAACAACUGGUGCCUUCAUUAACCGUUCUAGAAAAAAAGGCGGAUUUUCAUCCCCCAGGGGGUGCUCUCCGGUUUGAGGCGGAGCGGGAACCGGCAGACUGCCGGCCGAAAGCGGAUAAGAAAAUCAUGUGACAGGUUAUUAAGCGAAGAAGACUCGGCUUCUCUCCUCCCAAGAGGACUGUGUCCAAGGGAGGGUGGGUAGGAGGAAAAAAGAAGGGAUGAAGGGGUAAAAGAGGACGACCAUUUCCCUCUCACCAUCGCCCAUCGCGAGCUUACUAUUUUUUGAUUAUUAGAGAGAUUAUGAUUCACGUUUACCGCAAACGGCAAACGUUAGACUCGAGUUGAUAAUUUCUCAGAAUAGAAAAUAAGCAGAUAAAAACAGUCCCGAACGAUUCCUAUGGUUAAAACUGGUAUAGUAGUUCUGACACUCACGCAAGAUGGCAGCCCGUGACACAAAGCGCUCGAUCUCGACGAUCUUACGUAAAAAUAGGACUGUGAACAGUCUAACGGAAUAAGGGGAAAACUUGGUCACAUGGUACAAAUUCACGUCUGCCGUUUGGCGUAAACGUGAAUCUUAAUCUCUCUAUUGCUAUUUUUAUCAGAAUACCU